GAGACGUUAGCCGAAGCAGAAAGGUCAUUCAUGGCAUCGCGGGUAUUUCAAAGUUUUAACGUUUAUUUACAGUGAAUUAACCCUUAAUAAGAUGAGUUUUGAGUUGUGAAAUUUCAUUCAUUUGUUGUGAAGAUGAAGGCACCUGUAAUUGAAGACUUCACUAUCCUUAAGCCAAUUAGCAAGGGAGCUUUUGGAAAGGUGUUCUUAGGUAAACAUAAGGAUAAGGAUCAACUGUAUGCCAUCAAAGUGAUGCACAAACAAGAGAUGGUCUUGAAGAACAUUGCAGGCCAAGCAAAAGCUGAACGAGAUGCAAUGGCUUUGUCAAAAAGCCCAUUCAUCGUUCACUUAUAUUACUCAAUACAGUCGGAGAAAAACAUUUAUCUAGUGAUGGAAUACAUGAUAGGGGGUGAUGUGAAGUCGUUAAUUCAUAUGUGUGGCUACUUUGAUGAGGAAAUGGCUGUGCUGUACACUGCAGAAGUUUGUCUUGCACUAGAGUACAUUCACAGUAAAGGAAUUAUACAUAGGGAUCUGAAACCGGAUAACAUGCUAAUAGGAGCUUCGGGCCACAUAAAACUUACUGAUUUUGGUUUAUCAUCUAUAAAACUACAAAGAAAACUUACAGCAUCCGAUAUCAUACAGACACCAGCCACCAGAAACAUCAAAUUACCUGAGAAUUUUUACCGGACCCCUGGCCAAAUCCUCUCCUUGACAUCUAGCCUAGGAUUUCAGUCACCAGCAUUGAAGGAUAUAACCAACCAAAAUAAAGAGACUAGAGCUAAGGAACAAAGUACUGCCGGAAACCAGUUAACUUGCACUCCAUUGACAAGCAGUCAUAAGCCAAGAAACCUGAAGAUAAGAGGAGAAAUUCAAUGUGGAAAAAAAACAUUUUUUGUUAGACCAGGAUUCACAGAUGAUAAGGAUCCACUUAAGUCACCUGUUAAUGGAACAGGUAAUCAAGGCAAUGUGGAUACCAUUGGAAUACCUACUAAAUCUACUGAUGUUAUAUCACCAGAAAUCCAAAGCGAUUACCGGAACAUCUUCAGCAGUCAGCAGAUCCAGUCAACACCAUUGUCAGGAAUACAUGGCAUCAAAAGAAAACGGAUCCAAGCUGAUUCAGACUCAUCUGACGAUGGUGUAAUUGAGUCAAUACAAAUUUCGUCAAAGAGCACUGGAUUAACAGAAAUAAUGAAUGUUGUAAAUAUUCAAGGUACUCCUGUUGUUGGACGUGCAAGGCUCCACAGUCUUCCAAAGAUCCGGCGACUGGAGAGUGAGGGCCAAGAAGAGAUCAAUACAAGUCUUAAAUUUGAAGAAACAUCACCACAAGAGGGGAGUCCUUCUGAGAUUAACUCUACUGUUGAGUCUAUCAACUCAAAGGCAUGUGUCAAUGUCUGCCAUCCACCUUCAUGUUCUGAACUUAAUGUCAAUGAUCCAGAUGAUGUGUUUAAGGAAGAUCCUAGUCCACAGUAUUUUACAGGUGGAAGCUGGGCAUCAAUGCAAGAAAGACAGAAUGGGCCAUUGGCACAUCAGAGUUUUUCAAGCCCAAACCCAAAUACUGUUGGCUUCUGUAGAAAUGUCAAAAUACAUGAGAUAUCAAGGGAAAGCAGUGGUAUUUCAGUGAACUUAUUUCACACUUUCGACGGUAGUCCAUAUCCCAGCCUAGAUCAAACUAAUAAAGUGCGGGAACGAUUGGGAUCUACUCCAUCAGUAAAUCCAAAAGAAGGAGAAAAAGAACAAAGCUCACAGGGUUACCAAAGUGAUGAAGUAUCAUCACCAAGGAAUGAUUCUGAUGAUGGGCAUUACAAAUCAACAAAUGAAGCGUCAAUGGAUAUUAGCUUUGCAUUCAAAACACCUGCACAAAGCCGCCAUUCAAAAACACCUUACAAGACACCAAAAAUUGGGAGAACAUCCUCAUGGACUCCAAAGAACACAUAUCAGACACCGUACCGAACACCAAAGAGCUGUAGAAGAGGUGUCAAUGUGGGAAAACAGAAACGUAUUCUAGGGACACCAGAUUAUUUAGCUCCUGAGAUACUAAACCUUCAAGAACAUGGUGUGGAGAUUGAUUGGUGGUCACUUGGGGUGUGUCUAUUUGAAUUUCUGACAGGUGUUCCACCAUUCAAUGACCAGACACCUCAGCUCAUCUUUCAAAAUAUUCAUAACAGAGAUAUUCCAUGGCCAGAAGAUGAUGAGAGUUUGUCAGAAGAAGCUGUUGAUGUCAUCAGUAAACUGCUGGCAAUGGAUCCUCGUCAAAGAGCCAAAGCUAGUGAUUUAAAAGAACACAAGUUAUUUUCUAGUAUUGACUGGGAUCAUAUUCAAGACAUCUCCCCAAAUUUCAUACCUAAUCCUGAUGAUGAAUCAGACACAACCUAUUUUGAAGCUCGUAAUAACAUGCAGCAUCUUCGAUUGUCAUCCUUCAGCAUGUAGAAAGCACCCCCUUAGAACGUUCAUGACAUACAAGCUGACCUCCAGGGGAUUACAUUGUUAAAUGGUUGGUUAUGCACAACAACAUUAAGCCUUGUUUACACUAUCAAACUGUAUGUGACAAAAAAAAAAAUUGGUAUGACUGUUAUUUGGGUGUAAUAUGACAUCAUUAUGCCCAUGUGAACAUGAUACAAAUUUGUCACAUAAAACAAGGCAAUUCAACAAAAGGACACACAUCUUGGCAUGUCAAAGGUUAUAACCCUGGCAUCGAAAUUCUACGCGCCACAUGCUCCUACAUGCUUGACCGAGUUUACCGCGCCCUGAUUGUCACAAAACCCAUUCCAACCAAACCAUAAUUAACCAUCAGCGUGUGACGAAUUACCCACUAGUGUGUCAGUUGCCAUGAUCAUCACGUGUCGUGCGGUGACUACAAAGGCCUAAUGGUUUUAUAUUGUUAAUUAUAUUGAUAUUUCAACAUUAAUUUUACCGAUGAGGUGGUGUCCAGCGGUUCAUGAGACUCAGUUCGCAGAAAAAAUAAAUAAAUUUUCUUCAUCUACUUAAAAGUUUGUUUUGUGCACCUUAGUCCUUGUCCAAAUGACAGUUUAAUGUUAUACACUGCACACUCCAAUUAGAGACCCCUCUAAUUCAGGGACCCCUCUAAUUUGAGACCAACCCCGAGACCACCCAUAUUUUCAGGUCCCAAGGGUGGUCUCGAAUUGGAGGGCGAACUGUAUAAGAACACGAUUUUUUAUAAAAAUCGUAAAUUUUCAUUUGCUAUAACUUCAUUUUGUUGGUCAAUUUUCAUGAAUUAAAUUGUAGUUUAUAGAAGCACUUAACAAGCUCGUGGUCAAAAGAAAUCAGAUGUAACAUACAUUGCGAACUACGCAAAAUUAAUUGAAAUAGUAACUAAUACCAUUUAACGAAUGGCACACAUAAUUGAUGGCUAUACUGGAUAUACAGUAAAGAUUAAAGACUGUAUGCAUGCGCUAUGUUCAUGAGCGGGGAGAGCAGUUUAGCUUAGUUGACUAAUCUGGUGGUAGCCACUGUGUGUGCGCUGAACCAUGGAGAUCUCUAGGUCCCCAGUUCAAUUCCCAUCGCUGCCUCUCCUUGUGUUUUAGCUAGAGGGCUAAAAUAAAAGUUAAAAUAGUGCA